AGAUAAAGCUAGAAGCUUUAGAUUGAGGAGGAUUUAAGAUGCAAUAGUAGGAAAGCUAGAGUUGAGAGAGUAAACGAAGGUUAUCUAUUCUGAAAAAACAUGGCGUAUGUUGGAGCUCCUAACUUUGCUGCUACAAAUGCGAUUUAUACAAAACAAUCAUUGCGGCGGAUUAAUGGAAUUUCGCAACCCAAAAAGCUGCUAUUUUCGCCUCUCCCUAACUAUAAAAUGCUGAGGAUGACGAUGAAUCUGCAAUCUAAGGCUUCUGAUAAGGAUGAAGGUUCACCAUGGGACGAUAAGGGGUUAUUGCAGAGUGAAGAAUUGUAUCAGUAUGUUUUGGAGACUAGUGUUUAUCCACGAGAACCAGAGUUUCUCAAAGAGAUCAGGACUAUAACAGCAAAUCAUCCAGAGUUUUAUAUGGGAGCACAACCGGAUUCAGGUCAACUUAUAGCCAUGCUCUUGAAUCUAAUAAAUGCCAAAAGGACUAUUGAAAUCGGCGUCUUCACUGGAUAUUCUGUGCUUCUCACUGCUCUUACAAUUCCUGAUGAUGGCAAGAUUAUAGCAAUAGAUCCAGAUCGACAGUCUUAUGAAUUGGGACUACCAGUCAUCCAAAAAGCUGGAGUUGAACAUAAAAUCGAUUUCAAAGAUUCUCCAGCUUUACCUGUUCUUGACAAACUCCUGGAAGAUAACGAAAACAAAGAUAGUUUUGACUUUGCAUUUGUUGAUGCGGAUAAAACUAAUUAUGGAAACUAUCACGAGAGACUAAUGCAGUUGGUGAAAGUUGGAGGUGUGAUAGUGUAUGAUAACACACUAUGGUAUGGAACACUUGUAAUACCAGAAGAAAAGGUUGAUGAGUUGAUGAGAACAGAAAGGAAAUACUUUCUAGAGUUAAACAGAUUCCUUGCUGCUGAUACUCGCAUUCAAAUUUCUCAAGUUACUGUAGGUGAUGGAAUGACCAUCUGCAGGAGACUAUUUUGAUGAAUACUACAGCUUUUUUAUCCAUAUAAGUACUCAGUUUUUCUGUUACUUUUUUAAUAAAUUAAAAAAUUCAAAACA